UAUUAGCUUGGCUUCUAUUUGGGUGAAGGCACAUGAGAUGCGCAUGCGUGUCGGCAUCAGUCUUCGUACUUUCAUUAUUUUUGUACUUUGGGUCUUCUGCUUACAGACCGGAACCUGCGAGUCACUUCCUUUUGUUUUGGCUUGGGCGAGUCGUCGUGUUGACAGGAACACUGAGACACAAAACCUAAAAAAGGAACAAUGAUGGUAACACCUGUGAUAUUUCUGCUGAUGUCAGUGACACAGUGUGUUUGGGGAUAUAACCAUGGUGCUCCAGACAGUGCUUGUAGCAGUCUCACACCAAACCAUGAUUCAGCUCAGACACAGACAACACCGUCACCUUUUCGUGUUUCUGUCAACCCAACUACCUACACACCUGGCGGUAGCAGCUUAACAGUGACACUGGACUCUCCCUGUGGAACACCAUUCAAAGGAUAUUUGCUGAAAGUAGACUAUGCAGAACUCAAUCGUACCACUGGCUCAUUGGGCAGUUUCAAUGCUCCAAUAGGUUCAAAGUCUAUUUGUGCAGGUAAUGGUACGACUCACCAAGACAACGCCAGCAAGCAGAGGCUUCAGUUCUUAUGGACUCCACCACAGCCAAGUGCUGGGACCAUAAUGUUUCGGGCAACGUUUGUCCAGUCGAAGUCAAUAUUCUGGGUUGAUGUACAUUCCGAUCCAGUUUAUGAAGCCGGCAAGACAACUCCUCCACCUGCUAGUCUUGUCUCCCCAGUACGCACAACAAUUUCACCCCAAGGAAAUGGCUGCCCUGCAGAGACUUCUUUUCCAAAAGAUCCAGACUGUGGCAAGACCAAAGGUUGUUUCUCAGAUUGUGUUGGAGACUCGUGCGGUUUUCUAGUGACAUGGGUUCCUUCAACAAACUCUGUGACCAUCACCCUGCAAGCUUCUGUAGCCUCAAGUAAUCGCUAUAUUGCUCUUGGUCUCUCCAAUGAUUUGAACAUGGGUGACGACAGUGUCAGUGAGUGUAUUUAUGAUGGGUCUACAGCCACUGUGUACAACUCUUAUAACUCAGGCAAGAGAAACAGCAAUCUUGGUCAGGAAGGUUUGGACCUCAGUAGCUGGUCAUAUACAAGCCAGAUUUUGACCUGUGAAUUUGUUCGAGUGAAAGAAGAAGGACUGAGUGGCAAGCGCUUCCCACUUUCUGGCAAAUCAUACAUACUUUUCUUGGCCACUGGUCCAUCAAGAAAUGGGGAUAUUCUGGAGCAUGAUUCAAUUCCAGCACCAACAGAAGCUGCAGUCAGCCUUGAAGACACCACAGUAGAUAUUUUCAAAGCGGCGAUCACAUCACGGAUGGUAAAAGCACAUGGCAGCUUAAUGAUGGUGGCUUGGAUAUUUGCGGCCAGUGUGGGCAUAGUGAUGGCACGCUACUUCAAGCCUAUGUGGCCAGACAAUAAGCUGUUUGGACAGAAAGUCUGGUUCCAGGUUCAUCGUGGCUCCAUGGUUCUAGUUCAGCUCUGCACUGUUAUAGCUUUCAUUAUUAUUUUUGUGGAGGCGGGAGAGUACAGUGAGAUUUCAGGUGAAGAUUACAAAAAGGCCCAUCCAGUUCUUGGUAUCAUUGUGACAGCUCUCUGUAUAAUUAAUCCCGUCAUGGCACUGUUCAGGUGUCAUCCUGGUACUAAGAACAGGCCCAUUUUCAACUGGGCUCACUGGAUUGUUGGAUUUACAGCAUACACUCUUGCAGUGAUAACCAUCUUUUUUGGUGUGAAACUUGAAAAAGCUGGAGCACCGGAAUAUAUUGUUUAUGUGCUGGUUGCCUUCGUCUGCUGGCAAACUUUUGUCUUCUUGCUAGGAAGGAUGUUACAAGACAACAUUUCGUAUGAAAUGGCCAGGAUUCCCUUAAUUGCUAAGCCUUUAGGAGAUAAGCAGGAGGGUGUUCUUGCCAAGAAUGUGCUUCUGGCGAUUCACAUCGCAGCAUUGACUGGUUUUAUCAUCACUCUUCUUGUCAUCCUCAAUAACGGCAGUGAAAAAAUCAAAGAAUAGAUCGUGUUUCCUUCAGAUGAUGACAUACAACAUGUAAUAUAUGGGGAAGCAGUUAACGGUGCACCAACCAGUUUAGUAAGAAUACCUAUUCUGAAAUCUGUAAUAAGGUGUUUUUAAAGUAUCUCAUUUGUACACUGUCGACAUUUAGCCAGUUGCUUUGGAGACUGUUAGAUGACCCUUGAUAGACAAGUUACAGAUAUUCUGAUUAUGCACUUUGUAAGGCAUUAACCAAUUAGCUUUUUGUUGCUAUUUUGUACUGGUCAUUUUUCACAUUGUUUUUCUUAUUUGUUCUGUGUUCACUUGUCACAUUUUAAUUUCUGACCAAAAAAAUUACCACUUUUUGGUACUCAUGUAAAUGUGUUAUGGUGUGUGUUCAUAAGGAUUCAUUUUUGUAUCAUCAAGUAGAUAUGAUGUUUUCAGUUUUUUCCCUUCUGGGAUCAUUUGAGAAUACUAAUAAAUGUAAUGUGGGUUCUGUUUAUGAAAUAUUUGCUCUAGGUGAUGUGAACAACCAAGAAUAUUCUGAAAAUAUGUUGUAAUGUACAAAAGCAUUUCUGAAACUUAAUAAAUAAAUAAAUUAACUUAUAAAGCAGCUCAUGGAAUCCUUUUAUGUAAUACAUAAUGUUGUUAUUUACUUGGAAGCAGAACUGGCUACUUUUAUUCAGAAGACACAGUUUAUAUAUAUAGACUAAUUUAAUUAGUAUGCCUUUUACAGUUUUUCAAAUUACAUUACUCAUUUUGAAAAAUUUAUCCCAUAUUAUUUUUACAUUGUGCUAGUACAGCACCAUUUUUUUAGUUUAUUGACUCUGUAGUUUACACAAAAUGAGUUCAAACAUGAUAAUAAAAGAAUUAACAUUUUUCUAUAAUUAACCUUAAGCAAAUAACAUUUCAGAUUUUCUCACAUACCCUUAAACGUUAUUAAAUUUAAAUUUUGUUUUAUUUGAUAGUGUAGUCGAGGGAUCGCUUGUUUGGCCGUGUGUACCGCUAACAGUACUUAAUUGUUCCCUCCACCCUCAACCCCUCCUUUCCCUAGACCUGGCCAGCCGCGCGAGCAAGAGGAGUGACCCUGAUUGACGUGCACCCAAUUAAGUUUUUGCUUUUAAAUAGCGCUUUGAGCAAGUCUUAUCUCGGGAUACCCUCUGUAUGUGACACCUGUCCACAGGACUGGGCAGGGGUUUUCUCCGCCCUCCCUCUCCCCCAUAGUGCGAAAUCACCUCCAGGUGGAAGCACUUUCCUGCUAAACAAACCAAGUGCCUGCACCCUGUUCGCCGCGGCGCGAGGGGGUCAUUCCCUCCCUUUGAUUAUUUCGAGUAGAGGAGAAGUACCUUUGCACCGUGUAUAUAUAUAGGUGUUCUGGUCCGUUGUCAAGUGGCUCACAUAUUUCGAAAUAUUCUCUCCCGUUGUGUCCCAAAUUUGAGUGCGAAAGAAGCAUCACUGCACCGUGUAGGUGUUCUGGUCCGCUGUCCACUCACAACUCACAAGUGGCUCACGUACCUUAAAGUUCCUCUUCUUUUCGCUUUUAUUUUUUAUUUAUUUAUUUAUUUUUUUUUUUGGUAGUGCGGGGGAAGCACCAUACACGUACUGCAUCGUGUCCUCUAGCUGUCAAGUGGCUCAGGUACAUCGAAAUCCCUUUUCCCUUUCAUUUGUUAUCAGUAACGUAAGUAGAGGUAGGCGCUAGAAGAAGUAGGUGAUAGAUAUUAGCGAUGUAGGAUUUAGAUAUGUCUA